AUGAUAUGGUGCGUCCACAUGGAAGGCUGGAACACCCAUCAUUCCCACUGCCAACACAUGGACAAGCCAGAAAGCCGGAGGCAGUGCUUUAAGAUGUGUGACUGGCACCAGGAUCUCUUUGAAUGGGAGGUUUCUGAUUGGGGGGGCUGUGUCCUUGUUCCUUUCUUUUCCAACGAGCUCAAGCUGAGGGCGGCUGAGUGCAUUACAGCACAGCACGGCAUCCAGAGGCGCAAUAUCCAUUGUGUCCGCACGUCAAAUCGAACCACUGUCACCUCGAGGAUAUGUGAGUUCUUCUCCCAGAAACCUCCGGUGGAGCAGGCGUGCUUAAUCCCGUGCCCCCAGGACUGUGUGGUUUCGGACUUCACCUCUUGGUCAGGUUGCAGCAAAACUUGCGGCGCUGGCCUGCAGCAUCGAACUCGACACGUCCUGGCCACGCCGAUGUACGGAGGGGCAAACUGCCCUAACUUAACCCAGACCAGGACUUGUGCCAGCACUAUUGACUGCCCUGCCGCAGAGGAUGUGUACCAGUACAGCCUUAAAGUAGGGGCCUGGAGCGAGUGCCGACUCUCACAUCACAAGGACGCUCUCUUAAGCGGAAGGACCAAAGUGGACUUCGGCAUCAGCUCCGAUGAGAACAACACAGUAACAUUCCACACACUGGCUUCUCACCAUCAUUCCCACCACAAACACCACCACCGCUCUCACGUGAAAACCAAACACCCAGUGUCGUGGGAACUAGAAGUGGGAUAUCAAACACGACACGUACGCUGUACGAGAAGUGAUGGCAAAAAUGUCAUGCUGAGUCUGUGUACCAAGGACAACUCCCCCCUGACCUUCCAGGCAUGUGUGAUGCCCAAAGAAUGUCAGACAUCUGACUGGACAUCUUGGAGUUCCUGCUCCAAGACCUGCCGGUCCACGGACCUGUCCCCUGGUUACCGCCUUCGGUCACGUACCAUGACGCAGCUCCCACACGGCAGGGGGAAGCGUUGCCCUACUCUUGAGGAAAAAGAAGCGUGCAACAUCAUUGGAGAUUUACUUCCAAAAUGCCCCAGGUACAUGUGGAGGACCACUGACUGGGAUGGGUGCCACAUACUACCUUUACUCAGACAGCAGGACCGGCGACACACUAACAUCAGUAAUCUGUGCGGAGGCGGAACACAGACCAGGAAGACCUACUGUGUUCAAAUCCCCGACGAUUCAGCGCCACAUCACAGGAAGGAAGUCUCCAGGCCGGUGGAUUCCAGGCUGUGUGACGGUGCUGAGCCCCCUCUGGCCGUCCAGAAUUGCUCUGUCCCUUGCCAGCAUCACUGCUUGCUCUCUCAGUGGUCCACCUGGAGCUCUUGCCUGCAUGACAAUUGCAAAGAACCCCAAGGAAAGAAAGGUUUCAGACAAAGGAGGAGAGAGGUGUUGUGGGAGUCCGAUGGGAUUCUGGGAACUUGCCCUCAUCUGACAGAGUUUAUUCCCUGUGAGGACCCUGCCUGCUACCAGUGGCAGGUCCAACAAGAGGGAAGAUGCAUUCCCACCAAGCACUCCUGUGGUUCUGGAUCUAAAGCACAAAAUGCAACCUGUGUCAGCGCUGACGGGGUAGAUGUGCUCGACACCCACUGUGUCGAUGACCCUCCACCCACAGAGGAGGCCUGCGAGGUGCCCUGCCCCGCGGACUGUGUCAUUGGGUCCUGGUCGUCAUGGUCCUCCUGCUCUCACAGCUGUGCUACCAAAACCGCAGAGGGCAGGCAGAGCCGCACUCGCACGGUUUUGGCCAUUCCACGGAAAGAAGGGAAAGCAUGUCCAGCAGCUCCUGCCUUGGAGGAGUGGAGAGUCUGCAAUGACCAUCCUUGCACAUUUUUCUACUGGGAGGCCUCAGGAUGGGGUCCCUGUAUCAAGGAUACAUCUGCCGAUCUCAAUGGAACAAACUUCUGGAAUUGGACCUCGACUUGCGGCGUUGGUGUUCAGAGUCGCAAAGUCAGCUGCAUGAAGACGAAUGUUGGUUCCGUCAUAAGUAAGAGGUGUUCAGAUUCUGCUCGUCCAGAAAGUAUCCGACCCUGUUCGCUUCCCUGCAAGAAAGACUGCAUAGUGACCCCAUUCAGUGAAUGGACAGCUUGCCCAUCAACCUGCCUUCAAGAUAAUGCAACCUCCACCACGCAGUCACGCAACAGAAUCAUCAUUCAAAGGCCUGCUAAUGGAGGUCAAGAGUGCCCUGACACUUUGUAUGAAGAGAGGGAGUGUGAAUCACUUUGUGUAUGUCCAGUGUAUAGGUGGAGGACGCACAAGUGGCACAGUUGCACUUUGGUCCCAGAUUCUGUUAGACGAGGAUUAUCUGGAUCAGGAGAAGCCUGUGGGAAUGGUUUAGAGACAAGAGGCAAGUAUUAA